UUUUCACAGCCAUGUUGACCUCGGCCACAAAAAUUAAAUUUCCCUUUUGAAAAAGAAAAAGGGUGGAAAAUGCCCAAGUGCGACACAAAAACCCGCUACGUCCCGGCCACAUUCGCCUGGACUCUACUCAUAGUCGCCACCACUUUGUUUUUCUAUUACCCGGCCCAAUACUAUUUGCCUGUGCACCCUUGGGUGCCAGGAUGUCAGGCUGUUUUGACUUUUUUUGUAUUGGCCAACUUUACUUUGGCUACCUUUAUGGAUCCUGGAAUUAUACCAAAAGCCCCCCCUGACGAAGACAGAGAUGACGACUUUAGGGCCCCUUUAUACAAAAACGCAGACAUAAAUGGCAUUACUGUGCGCAUGAAAUGGUGCGUUACAUGCAAAUUUUACAGGCCCCCUAGAUGUUCGCAUUGUAGUGUUUGUAAUCAUUGUAUUGAGACUUUUGACCAUCACUGUCCUUGGGUGAAUAAUUGCAUUGGCAGGAGGAAUUACAGGUUUUUCUUCUUUUUUCUGAUUUCCCUGAGCCUGCAUAUGAUUAGUAUAUUUGGCUUAAGCCUGAUUUACGUGCUGAAUUAUGGGAAAAGUUUGACAAGCACUGAACCAAUAGUGGCUAUGAUUCUAAUGGGCAUUGUAGCAGUUCUAAGUAUACCAAUAUUUGGGUUGACGGGUUUUCACAUGGUUUUGGUCGCCCGGGGUCGAACAACCAACGAACAAGUAACCGGAAAAUUCAAAGGGGGCUACAACCCGUUUUCCAGAGGUUGUUGGCACAACUGUUGCUACACCCAAUUCGGACCUCAAUUUCCAAGCUUAAUUAAGCCUUAUAAGUAUAAUGUAAAAAGGAAACACUGUCAACACGGGCCAAUAGCGACAAUUACAAAUGACAGCCAAGUCAAAACUUAUAUGGACAAUAGUAAUGGAGUGAGAAACAUCAACUCGCAUGCUUAUAAUAAGAUGUCGCCAUCAGGCAGAGACGUCAUUGACAUGAUGGACAUGGAACCUUCAGCGUCGCAGUCUCAGGAUUGUGAACCGACUCCGCCCUUGCAAAGACAUGGUUCAAAAAGUAACUUCUUUUUACCGCCUACAGGGGGCGGGUUCGGUGACGAGUCGCCUGGCCGCCCCCAAUUGGUGCGGACGGUCCACUACCCCCCUCGCGGCAGUCCGCAUCCUAGACCCAGAGGGUCUACGCCUGAUAAUAAUUUGGGUCCACAGAGGGCGUCACCGACGAUGCAGCAAAGAAUCAAAGCCUUGGGCGUGCCUACGCCCCUGGCCAUGUCUAGCCCAGUGAGAAGAUCGAAUCCCAGUACGCCGACGCAACCGCGCAGGCCCGAUUUCAUUGGGGUGUACAAUCAGGCCGCGCCCACUUACAGCCAGGCCACGCCCUCUCAAUACAACCAGGCCACGCCCUAUUAUGAAACUCAGUGCAGCCCGCAACGGCGUUUUUUGUCCGAAGGCGAAUUGAAACAGCUGAAUUAUUCAAGGACCAAUCAGACAAGCGAUAAUAUUAGGGAGUUGGCCAAUUCGCCCCAAAGGGGCGUGUACAUGUGGAAAGACACGUCCCCUUCGGGGGCGGGGCAACAGCAGCCCGAUUUUUACCGAUCGAACCCGACCAGUCCGACGCAGCAGCAGGUUUAUGCGCCUGCGCGCGCGUACCAUCCGGCUGUUAGGGGCGGGGUCGCCGUGUACCCGCCCCCUAGUCCUCAAAUUCAUAGGAAAGUGGCGGGAAAUGCUCCGCCUAUUGAUAAUAGACGCCGCCCUAUGUCGUUUGUUAGGGCCUUAGAAAUGUCAGACAACGUCGAACUGUCACCGCAAACGUCACAUACGAUGACGCAACGACCGCCGACGCCCGACCGCGCCAGCGUCUACGACAUGAACUACGAAAUUUCCGUAUAGGAUUGGAGAGGGCGCUCGUGUCGCAGGGAUAAUUGACUAUUGAGUGCCCCCACCCUUAUUCUACAAGAUUCUCUGCAUCAGAGAUAUAGAAAUUUUUUAUUUUUUUUUGUUUUUUUGUGUUGGUAAGUAAUUUAAUUUAUUUAAUUUUUUUUCUAAUUUGUGUGCCAAAUUCAAUUGACAGCUGACAAGAGAUAUGUCAGCUGUCAAAAUUGUAAAUAAUUUUUUUUUUUUGUUUUUUUAAAUUGUGUAAAAUAAUAAUAAUAAAAAAAGAAAACCCCUCA